AUGAAGCAGAUUUCCAACGCGGUGGUUGACCUGUUGAAGAGAAGAGGUAUUCCGGUUGAUUACUUGUUUCUGAAAGAGGAGGGAGAGAAAAAAGAAGAACUAGUGGAAGUUGUUCAUUGGCCUCUUGAUAGCUGCUCUCUCACACUCACACUCAUUAAUAACACCAUUAAACACCCUCACUUUACCCGUAAACGCCAAAAAUACAAACUUCCCCCAGGUCCUAAACCAUGGCCGAUUGUUGGUAAUUUACCUAAGAUGCUUGCUAACAAGCCGGGCGUGCCCAAAUGGAUACACAAGCUCAUGAAAAAUUUAGACGCCGAAAUUGCAUGUUUUAAAUUGGGAAACGUUUACGUUAUCCCAGUGACUAGCCCUGCUAUUGCGUGUGAGUUCUUGGAGAAAGAAGAUGAUGUUUUUGCAUCAAGACCUAUGAGCAUGGCAUCUGAUCUCAUAUCAGCUGGUUAUUUAACGACGGCACUUGGGCCAUACGGAGAGCAAUGGAAGAAGAUGAAGAAAAUGAUAAGCAAGGACUUGCUUUCUCCCAUGAAGCAUCAAUGGCUUCAUGCCAAAAGAAUGGAGGAAGCCAAUAACCUCACGCACUAUGUUUAUAACCAAUCCAAGAGUAAGAAUGAGGAUGGAGGUGGUUCUGUGAAUAUGCGAACUGCUGCUCAGCAUUUCCGCGGGAAUGUGAUCAAAAGAAUAAUCUUCAAUAGAAGGUACUUGGGAAAUGGUGGUGGGGAUGGAAGGCCUGGUUUGGAGGACGUAAAGCAUGUGGAUGCACUGUUGACAUUGCUUAAUCACUUGUACGGCUUCUGUGUUUCUGACUUUGUGCCAAGCUUGAGAAGACUUGACUGUGACAUGAUGAUGGCAUCGGUGGACAACCCAUCAAAUGCAGUGGAAUGGGCACUCGCAGAAAUGAUAAACCAACCAGAGUUUCUUGAAAAAGCCACUCUAGAACUUGACCAAGUGGUAGGAACACAUAGGCUUGUUCAGGAAUCAGACAUCCCAAAAUUCAGCUAUAACAAAGCUUGCUUAAGAGAAGCCUUUCGCCUUCAUCCAAUUUCCCCUUUCAAUGCCCCACAUGUCUCUAUGCAUGACACAGUGGUUUCCAGCUACUUCAUCCCAAAGAGCAGCCACGUGUUAAUGAGCAGACAAGGGUUAGGGCGAAACCCUAAGGUGUGGAAGGACGACCCUCCUAAGUUCAAACCAGAAUGUCACCUCAUGGACGAGGGGUCCGAUGUGUUCUUAAGUGAGCCAAAUUUAAGGUUCAUAAGCUUCACUACAGGAAAGCGAGUGUGUCCAGCAGUGGUGCUUGGGACCACUAUCACUGUGAUGAUGUUUGCUAGGUUGGUCCAUGGCUUCACCUGGAGUGCUCCACCAGAUCAACUGAUUGAGCUUGUUGAGUCUGAGACUGAUCUUUUCCUUGCUAAGCCACUUGUAGCCAUUGCACGCCCGAGGUUGCCAGAAGAGGUUUACCUCUUGAAUUAA